GCUAACUUAGUAACUUCACAGACAUAACAUUAAUGCAUUGGAUUUUGGAAUUUUCGACACCCAAUUCGGGCAAUUUCAAACACUAAUACAUUAUACACGCGUCUAAAUUUAAUUUAAGUAUCGAGCCGUACCUAUUGUGAUUUUCGAGCCGAGUGACAAAAUAAGACAAAUGGAGUCAAACGACAUUGAAUCGUAUCCAGGAUUUUGUUCUAAAUGUGGUUCAAUAUUACCUUCGUUGAGUAUGGAAGAAUUUAUCAAGUGUUAUUCGUGUAAAACUGUUUUUGGGCCAGAAAUUUAUGGAAAUGCUGUAGCUGAAUACAACAUUAUUUUGAACUCUGUAGAAGAUAUCGAUAAUGUUGUAAAAACUGAAUAUAACAAAAAUGAUGCAGAUGAUGGCCCAAUUGCCGAGAGAAGAUGUGGUCUAUGUGGUCACAACCAGAUGUCCUAUGCUGCUGUGCAAUUAAGAUCAGCUGAUGAAGGACAAACCGUGUUUUACACUUGUCUCAAAUGCAAGUUCACGGAAUCGGAAAACUCUUAAAACAAUCUCAAAAGCGGAGAAUACAUUUUUGUACAUAACAAUCAAGUUGAAUAAAGUUAUUCUUAUUUUUAAA